AUGGCCGACGUUCCUAAAGGCACAACCCGGUCUCCUGCUCUGCCUCCCCCGCCGCCCGCCAUUUUCUAUGGGCCUGUGGAGCCGGGGAACCCGGUGGUCAUCAGCUUCGAGAGCGACCUGAGCCACUGUCUGAGCUUCUUGCGGCGGAAGCGGGGAGCGGGCGCCUCGGGCGCCAGGGAGCAGGAGCUGCACAGGCGAGGAGCAACGUCUUUGUUUAAUAUAUGGAACAACUACAAGUCUCGAUUCCCAGAUUGGUAUUUCAAUGAAAAACUUGUAAAAGUUGGCGAUCAACUUAUGGAAAUGAAAGAAUAUAAGUUAGCAGUUUCACAUUGCUAUGGAUCAUAUCUUCAGCAAGUUAGUAGUGUAAAUAUAAACGAAUCUGGAUUGGAUGUGGAUCAACUUAAUUCUAAUUUUUUCCCAAAUGGAUUUAGAGAUCAAAGUGCUGUAUGUACACUCCACGUUUUGUAUGCAAGAAAUAUUUGCCUUUACAAAAUGGUAUGUGAGAAUGACAUCGAUCUCCUGAAUCAGGACUCUGUGAAGACAUGUUUCAGAAUUUUGAAUUUAUUUCAGCUCAUCAUGCAAAUGACUCUACCUCAUGAGCAUUUGUGUUGGCAUGUCUAUAACGGUACGAUUCAUAUGUAUACCAUAUGUAGACAUUUGAUGAUUGUAGGUCAAUCUGCUAAGGUACUUGAGUAUUUACUGUGGGCCUGUGCAUGUAUGGAGUCGUCAGUUCCACUUUUAGCUGUACAUUAUUUGACAUGGAGAUCUACUCUGUAUGCUGCUGUCUGCCAAUGUUAUUAUGACUGCCAGUUUGGCAUCUAUGGAGAGCUGUUUGCACGCCGUGGCUUGAUUAAAAUUGAUGAACUAAAGCAAAUGGAAAGCAUGAGUUCAUCAUCACUAAGUAUGGAAACAAAGAAAAAAUUCAAAGAAGCAACUGUGAGGAUGGCAGUAAUGAUCUUCAAAAGAUCAGCAUUUGAACCAAGACGACGACCAAAAGGGGUUUUUCGACCAAGAAUGAAAAUGAAUCUACGAGAGGCACAACAUCUACCCUGGCCUCGUACAAUCACAGAACGGCUGCUGAUGGAGAUCUUUGAUUGCGGUUCAGCUCAUUUUUUUGCCAUUGUGGAAGCUCUGUUUGAUAAAAAUAGACGAACACUGAUCCCUGGGCCUCCUGUUCCUGAUGAAGUUGAAGUUCGUGAUGUCAUUUCAGAGCUCUUUUUUGCAGGCGUGGAUAUUCUUGAUGGUAAUUAGAUUAAAGUUAUAUUUAAUGCAGUCACCAGUUUUUCUGGUGUAAUAGUUACAUCGCCACUUAUUGAGCAGAUAUUAGCAGGCAGGAAUGGUGUUUCUGCAGAUGCUGUCUUGAGGUUUAUUAAGAUGGCCUUCAGCUAUGAGGAGUGGGAUUCAUUUGAUCAUGCAACUGCAUUGUUUUAUUCUUUUCUUCAGUCUCAAAAUCCAGUGUGGAAGAAAGCAGAAGCAGAGAUCAAACUACUUCUAGCCAUGCAACCUUUAAUGUCUACAAGAAAACCAAGGCAUGGUUUGUAUAUUCAGGAAGGUAAUAUCAGAGAAACAAUGAUUUGUCGUAAUCCAGGAAGGAAAUCAAUUGCAUUUCAAGAUGGAUUGGCACACACUGGAAAAACUCCUGAUGAUCUUUUUCUGUUGGCACAGAUUCUUUAUUCUUUCAUCUGUACAUUUGAGGAGGUUCUUGUAUUGGACAGAGAGAUGUUAAUAGAUGCAACAAUAUUUUUAUGGAAAAAAUGUAAAGUGGGAAUUCAGAGGAUCCAAAUGAGUGGAAGCAACUUCUUAAAGUCUUUUUUUAAAUACCAAACACCCAAGUGGGUCCAUAUACUUUAUGUAAUUAAUGAAGUAAUUCACACCAUUAAUUUUGGAGAUGUCAAUGCUGUGGUAAUGGCUGAAGUAUCAUUACGGCUAGCUUCAGUGAUGGAGACUAUGGCAGACUUCACAAUCAAAUCUGAAACCACAUUAGAACUAGCAGACACAAACGCCUCUGUAUACAUUUCAGAAUAUUGUAUUCGUGAUAUGCCUUCGUUAAUACAGAAACCUCCUGCUGAACAGCUAAAGUUGGCUUAUGAAUAUCUGGAUAGAGCAAUUAGUGCAAUGAAUCAAGCUCGCCUAGUAACAGUUUUACCUGAUGGGACAUCAGUGCUUGAUAACUGUUGCAAAAAGAUGACCAUAAAUGACAAGAAUUUAAAUACAUCUUCCCCUUCUGAUACCAGUGAGAAAUCAACAACAGGAAACAAUUUUAUUAUGGAUUUACAUGUGGAUCUUAUUCAGGCCCAGCACAGAAUAGCUGUUAAAAUACUUAAUUUGACACAAGACUUUCAAACUGAUUGCAAAAAUAUUAAAUUGAAGACUUCAACACAUGCAAAACAUUGCAAAAAUUUAACAGAGACAGAUGUACUGAACAAAAUAAAAAAGAAUAAAUUAUCCAAAGCUCUCUACCUGAUGCAGAAAGCAACACUGUUACUUCCUGUAGGAUUACCAGGUUCUUCCGCAAACCAGCUCCUUGAGGAAGCACUUACACUAAUUCAGAGAGCAGAAGCUGAACAAAAUGUGUUAUAUGCCACUUUCUCACAACCUGCAAGUAGUGUGAAAAGCAAAGUGCCACCUCCUCCCAUAUUGCUUUUUAGGUCACAUUGUUCCAUGGCAUUUAAGCCUGCGCCAUUUGCUUCACAUGUGAAGGUUUCAUGGUAUAGUAUUUUUGGAUGUGUAGCUGAAGGGAGUAAUCCAAAAGUCCGGUUAAAUAAUUACAGUCUUAAGAACACAGCAGAAGCGGUACCUGCUGAAGAAACAUGUAUUUUAGAAGUAAAAGGCUUGGAGCCCAACCAGAGAUAUAUAUUUGCACUUGCUGCAUAUGAUUCAGAUGGAAAGCUUAUUGGUGAUAGCAUUGGAGAAACAACUAAGCCAAUUCUUGCAUAUCCUCCUCUUUCAGCAGCUACUGUCCGAGCAUACCUAAUUCAGUCUGCUUUCCAGAUUGAAAAUUAUGCAUUAUCCAAGAAGGCAUUUCAGCCACUCUGGGAUAAUUUUGUUACAUUACCUUUCACUCCUGCUGCUGAUGUAUCAGUUGCUUCUGUAAGCAGUGCUUUGACUGUGCCUCAGAACAGAUUAAUUCCUGAAGCUGUCUCUCGGGCAUCUCCAAACCUCUUAUACCUGUUCAUCAGGAGCAUUUUUAUUAUCAGUGACAUCAGUGUGAAUGAAGGAGCUUUCUUCUGUGAUUCCAUUUGUCUCAAUGAACUUAAAUAUAACAGACAAGUUGCUAGAGUAGCUGAAUGUGGUCGAAUGCUAGUGGCAGUUGAACUCAGUAACUGGUUAAAUGAUGUACAUUAUGCCCUACAGUCUGUUGUCCAUUGUUAUGGCCUUAUAGCUCCUCUGAUCUAUCACAAGAUUCCUUCACAGCCAAUUAUUCAGAUCAUUAUUAAAUGUCUCACAGUUCUUCAAGAAAUCCCAAAUAUUACAUGGCAAAGAAGACCAGUAGUCUGCUAUGAGAGUAUUCAGCACAUGAUAGCCUGUUCCUGUUUUUUCACAGCAAAGGUUUUGCAUUCAUGGAAAGAAUAUGAAUUGGCAAUAGUUAUUAUUAACUAUGGGAAAAGAUUGCUGGAUUCCUCACAGGCACCAUCUCAAAUGGCUGUACCUGAAGAAGCAAUGGAUGAAGUCCUAGAAGAUGAGAUUCCUUGCAAAAGGUUGAAGGCACAAAUAGCUGCAGCUGAAAAAGUAAAUGAAAACUUAGAAGCUCUAGAAACAAACCUGCUCAAAUUGACAAAGCCAGGACAGGAACUUACAGGAGAAGAAGAUGUUUUGUUCUUGUACCCCGUUGUUACAAACUGGCAAACAAAAACUGCCUAUAGGGAAGUGCUAAAAUUCAAAAAGAAUCCCCGCUUCCUUGAAUAUUUUGUUAAUUUUCUGUACAAAGCAAUACAUGAAGAGAAAUUUUCACGAAUAGUAGACUGGGCUGAUGAAAUACAGGAAUAUCUUAAAAAAAGAAAUAGAUUCCUCCUUGGUAUAAAGAAAACCACAAAAAGAAGAGGGAAAAUUCAUGCGUCUCCAGAUGGAAAGAGGACUCCAACACUGGAUUCUAAAAAAACAGCAGGGUCACCAAUGCCUGGGAAAAUAUCAAAGAUUUCUAAGAAAAGAGGGCACUCUAAACAACCUAUGAAAUACAAGGGCAAGUACAAGGGUGCUGAUAAACAAAGGAAAGAAGAAUCACGGAAAAUGGCUUUUCAAAUGCUGAUAGAAAGACUAAAUUUACAUGCUAACCUCUACAUAAAACGAAGAAGGUUCCGUCAGUUAUAUGUUGAAGAGAUGCCAUGGCGAUCACAGUUGAACAUUUACUUGGCAGUUGCUCAUGCCAAUUUGUUUAAGAAACAUGUAGAAGAACUUUGUAAUAUUGAAAUAAAUUAUUUACAAAAUCUGGACAGUUAUGAUGAACUGGACCUUGAAAUAUUCUCAUUAAACAAUUCAGGCACAAUAGUGAUGACAGCAACAAUGGAAGAGCAAAUGAAGGCUUUUAAAUCUCAUUUUUUUAAAAGAACACUAUCAGGAAAACUCAGAAGAAAAAAUGCCUCACUUGGCCCUACUUCCCCUGCCUCCGACUCUGGUCCUUCCUUGACUCCUUCUGGCCCUACAUUACAGAAUUAUUCUUCAGACUCUGUUUCCAGCUCAAGCCUACUUGACUACAGUAAUAGUCUCACCCCUGAAACUGAUGCCAUGAUGGAUUCCACUGUUCUGUCUGAACUGUCAUCUUCUGUGUCUGAUUCAGAUCCGGACGUCUCAUUUCCGUCCGGUGUUAAGCUGAAUGAAAGAGACACUCCUCGACUACCUCAAGGGUAUAUUCCCGUCAAGGAACGUGAAAGAGUUUUAUGUUAUGCUGCUGUGCUGGAACAUUUUACUAAAACCUUUCUGCAUUUAAGAAGAGCUGUGGUUUUUGCUCAUCGUGGUGGGCACUGGACAUUGCUUCAAAAUGCAUGCCGAGAACUUUGGAACCAUACUCAGGAACUACAGUCAAUUAUUAAAUAUACCAUAUCUUUUCAUGAACCGUUUCCAAUUACCAAGGAAGUUUUUCUUAACACUGUUUGGCUACCAUACUUCGUGGCAUCAGAUAUGUUGCUUGACAUGAUAGUUGAUCUCCAAGCUAGUAAUUCUGUUAAGAUUAUUGAAGCUGAAGGAGAUUUUUGUGUUCCAAGUUGUGUAGGAGGCAUUUCUGAUGAUGAAGGUGGUUCUAAUCUGUCCUUUGAAUGUCCAUUUGAUGAUGUGAAUGUUGUUGAUUUGCACGGAUUACGUAGAAUGGUUCUGCGCACUCUUGAGUAUCUAUUUCAUUUGAAGAAGUGGGAAUCACUAGUAUACAUAGCCAUGCAGUUUAACACAAUUACACAUGAGAAGUAUACAGAACAAGUGACUCCUCUGCUGGUAUAUGCUCAGAGACAGCUGAAGGAAAUACAAAACUGUGAUUCUAGUAGAACGCAGUCUUGUUUUAAACAACUUGUUACUAAUACUGGAGACAAGGUGUGCUGCAGAGACUUUGUCGCAAAAAAUCUGUAUGCUUUUGCCAAAUGUAAUGGAACAACUGAUGAACACCAUUUGCAUAGUUCAGGAUCAUUGGUUUCUGUUCCUUUGGAUGUGGCAGAUACAUUAAGGUGUUUCCAUGAAAGCCUAGAAAAAUCAAAGUACCACAGCCGAUCCCUCAAAUACAGCAGAAAAUUAUUUUCUUUAUUCCUUGCUCAUACACAAGAAUAUUUUGGAAGAUUAAAUACAACAGGAAGACUGACGUCUUCUCAUGGAAGAGUGGGAUUUAUUAUGGGGGCUGAAUUGUCAUAUCAACCAGAACCACCUGAUCUUUCAGAAGAAGGUUUUAAUUGCCUCAGUAUGGUUCAAAACAACUCCAUUCCACGGUCAAAACUGUCAGUGGUUAUCUCUUCAUAUGAGCGAACACUUGAAGCUCUUCAAACAAAUAAUCAGCAAGGCCUCACAGUGCAAGCAUUCCAUGAACUUGGAAAUCUUCACUUUUACACAGGAAACAAAAGAGCUGCUUUCAAAUCCUGGUGUCAAGGCCUUGAUGGAGCUGUCAAAAUAGUUGAUGCACUUAAUCGCUGGCCAGAGUUAGAUGGCUUGUCAGAGAAUGCCACUGGCAAUUUGGCAAAUAGAACUCAAGGUUACUGUGAGAAAUUUGUUUCUCGAGUUGGAAUUUGGGGUUGCUUACAAGGAGCAACCUUAGCAGCGAAAAUAGCUCAGUACAUAUUGUUAUAUGAUGUGAAAUUAAGAACCAAAACCUGCAUUUUAUCUGCUGUUCUCUUCAAGUCCCUGUUUAGAGUUUCACUACCACAUCCUAAAGCUGAUUGUGAUUUUGUGAGAUAUGAAACAGACAUGUUAAUUCCUGGCAUUGAUCUAUUUGGGGAUUACUACAGAGCUGAUGUCGCAACAGUUGUUGCAAGUUUGAAGUUUAUUAUAUAUGAAUUGCAUUGUAAUAAGCAGAAUUUAAUAAUUUUGCCACUAUUCACUUUGUAUCAAUAUUUUGUUUCUGAAAUUUGUCGCAAUCCGAUUAAAUGUAUUGAAGGAAGGAUUCUCAAGAUUAAAGUGCUUACAGAUUUAGGAUUUUUCUCUGAUGCUUUCAAUGAACUAUGUAUACUUAACCGUGGAGAGAAAAUCCCCUGGAAGCUACCUUCAGUCUACAGGCUUAUUCCUAAACUUCCGGUCUCUGCACAGUUUGAUUCGUCAAAAUCCCUCUUGACUAGUGAGAAUCUACAGGCAUUAGAAGAUGUUUUUAAUAGGCCGCUACAUUCAGCCUGGACUUCAUUGUGUGAACCACGAAUCCUGGAUACAUUCUUGUUAACCAAAAUGCAUUUCAUUAUUUGCUUAUCUGCAACAUUAAAUUGUAUUCCGGAAAAAGUGAUGAAAGCAACAUACUGUGUGGACUCCGAUUCUCUAAGAAAGACAGGGAAAAACACUGAUGCAUUCUUAAAAGGUUUUAUAGUAGCUUCAGCAUUUACAAGUGGAAAGCGUGACCCAAUUGUCAUGAUUGUGGAACUUGAAAGAAACAAAGAUACUUUGACUAUGGCCAUGCUAAAGGGCAUUUUAUUGGAAGAAGCUGAAGAAAGGAUUAGUUUAAUUCUUGAAACGAUACAAAAUAAAUAUGGCACAUCACUUUAUGUAUGCUCAGCUUCAGAGUUAGAGAUUGUAAUUGAAGCUAAGCUUCAACUGGCAGCCAUUGCUGAGCAGAGACUUCAGACAGCAUUCAGUGCAGCCUUGGUGUUUUCUGCAUUAAAACUUCUUCAGGAUGCAAAGAUUUUCAAGAAGGGAUCUAAUUUACCAGAACAUACAGAGAAAGAUGAGGUAUAAGAAAAUGAUGAGUUUUAUGCUGAGGAUUCCAAACUGCUUCACAAUGCAAUAGCCAAAGAACAUUUGAAUAUACAUAUAUGGCUCAGAUGUCGUUUGGCAUUAGUGACAGCAGUUACAGCACAGGCAAGAGGCAUUGAAACAAUGAAAGAAAAUGAAUUGACAGAGUGUUCAUGUCUGAUCAGUGAGGUACAGCGGGAAGCUGAGGCAUUCAAUGAUGUUGAGACACUUGCUGAAAUUACAAUGCAAGCCAUUAUGCUUAGCCUGCAAGAAAAACAACCAGUGGCUGACAUUAAGCUUUCUCUACAGGAUAUAAUCAGGUUACUUGAAGAAAGGACACUGAUUUCUCCCACAGCUUCUUUAACACUAGUCCGAAGUAUGCUACUGCUAGCUGAUAUAAUGAGAACACAAGCAGAGGAUGAUUCGAAACAUCCCAUGGCUAAAAUUGAGCAACUGAAUUUAUUAAUUCUAGCACAUGAACUUGUUGUUAAACAGUUAUUUCUUUUGGGACAAUCACUUGAGCAGCAUGCUGAAGACCCUACAAGGACAACUUUAAGGGUACCUAUGAAAAACAUUUAUCUGCCACAUGUCAGAUUACUGGCAAAAGUCAAAAUGAGAAUUGGACAUAUAUUGACCAUAGAAUUAUCUUGCACAUCUGAACCCCAAAGUGAGUUGCAAUGGCUGCAAGCUCUGAAGCACACUGAAACAGCACUGGACCUUUGUACAGCAUCUGUGAGAAGAGAUUUAGAGUUGGAAGCUGAACUUCUCUUUCGGAAAGGGAAGAUAGAGCGACAGAUUGAUUCCCUAAGUGUUAAUAAAUCAACAACAGCUGUUGAAAACUUUCUGGAUGCCAUACAGUUAAGCUUACAAGGUUAUCAAAAUUAUGGAUUGAUAAGAAGAUCAUACAUGGAAAUAGCACUGCUGUAUUUUUAUCUAAUUACAAAUAAGGAAGAAUCACCAACCUCAGGCAUAGUGAAGGGAAGAACAUUUAAACCAAGCCCUACCAAUACUCUCCGUGUUACUGAGGAACUUACAGCCCUGGAAAUGCACAGAGUUCAGGCCUGGAUUGCAGUAAGAGCUGCUGCACAGGUCAGUGAAGCUAUUCUGACCUCCCAACAAUUAAGUGGAAGGAAAGCUGUUAAACUGUAUCAUGUGAGACAGACAGUACUACAGCACAUGCCAGAAUUUGCUCUUCUGGACCUCAGUUCUUCCUACAAGGAUUUUUUAUCUGAUGGCUAUGAUGUUACGUAUAAAGUUCCAGUGAUGUCUUGUGUACAAGAGGGAAGAUCAGAAGGUGAUGCAGGUGAAAGUGCUCCUUCGGAAGAAGACCAAGAAAAAUUGAAGAUACCUUGGGUCCAUGUAAUUCGCUACAAUACUUACUUAAGCAGACUCUUGAAUAUGAGUCCCCUGGUUGCUGUUCCAAAAGCAGGUGAAGCCUUAUUUGUUAAAGAAGAUGCGCUAUUCACUUCAGUGUUUGACACAACUAUUGCCCUACGCUUAAGCGAACUGCAUUGCUUCCUAAAGACCUAUUUGCCUGUAUAUUCUGGUUGCUGCCUUCAGGAGUCUCCAAAACAGCUAUAUGGUUUUGAAAAGCCUUAUUUUAGUGUGACUGUUCUUGGAAAGCCAGCUUCAGAAUCACAUUCAGGAUAUCAAAAAUCAUCAUCAAUAAGAAUAUCUCCCACAGUUACUUGUACUUCUGCCAUGGAUAUACAUUCAGACAACAAGGCAACUAGUACUCCUGUCAGGGAACUUUGUGUCCAGUGGUACCUUCCAUCUUUGGAAAAGUCAUCAAAAGAAGGAGAGACUAUGGUUUUGUUCAUUUUUGCUUACAAUACAAAAGCAGUAAAAAUAACCAACAUCAACUCUUUUAAUUCAGCCAAUGUAUAUUGUGGUUAUUUGUGGAUCCCACUGAAUAGUGUUAUUGCAGUACGUGAGCAGUUGUCUGAUCUGACACAACAAAUUGAAUUGCUAAUGCAAUCAGUGAUGACUCCCCAGACAGCAACUGAAAAAGAGAGAAGUUUAGCUUCAAUAGGAUCCAAAACUCAUUCGGCAAAGGUGCCACUAGAUGAAAAAACAAAGAAAAUGGUCAAAAAAUGUUUUUCUGAAAUAAAAGUAUUACUGUCUGUUGGCCCAGAUCAGCCACCACCACUCACAGAGAUCCCAUUUGACAUCACUUUACCAUCAAUAAAGAAUUUAAGAAAAUUAUUUGAUCCAGCUAAUGGGUGUGUGAUAAUUGCGGGAAAUGUUUUCAACUGGAUUGUGUCUUUGCUCGCAUUGCUUGAGUGAUCUUUUGGGAGUAAAAUUGACAGGCAUUUACCAUAGUUUAUUUGAUUG